UAACCUCAAACUCCCUGUGAUUACAUUAUACUACGCUUCAGCGACGUCGAGGCAUUAAUGUCAACUGUGCCGAAUGUGUAAGACAAGAUUUCUAACAGGGCGACAGAUGCUGCGAAGUUUUCAUUGCUCUUUAUCGCACCCGGACUUAGACGUGUAUGAUGUAAGGGACUCGUUAGUAUGCUGGAUAAGCGGCGACUCCAUGCCUCCGGUACGUCGCCUUACACUCUGAUUUUCGUGGUCGCCUUGGCACUGACUGGAUGCUUCUCCUUCUGGCUUCACAUCGACAGCUCCGGUUCACCGACGCCGUACAGCAGCGGCGCGUCGGCACCGGGAUAUCUGCUAAUCCUUCCCAGAAAUGUGACGCUUUCCCCGCAGCCGUAUUUACGGCACGAACUUUCAUUCGGUGACAAAUCCACCUUGAUCGACAUAAAGGACUUCCGGUUCACGAUCAACAAUGACCCGUGCAACCGAACGCACCCGUUGCUGCUGAUGCUGGUUCAUUCGGCUCCCGAAAACUUUGUUAAGAGAAACGUGGUCAGGGAGACAUGGGGCCAGCAAUCUCCGGAGGUGGCGCUCCUCUUCUUCGUCGGCUUGUCUGAUAAAUAUCAGACGAUGCUGGAAGAGGAGAAUAGAAAAUUUAAAGAUUUGAUACAAGGCAACUUUAUCGAUGCCUACAGAAACAUGACUUACAAGCAUGUGAUGGCAUUGAAGUGGGCUACGUAUCAUUGUCCAAGUGCCAAAUAUAUAUUAAAAUUAGACGAUGAUGUUUUUGUUCAUAUACCUGCCAUGUUGGAUUUCUUGACGCGUGAUCUAUCGCCAUGGGGAGCCAGACGAUUGAUCCUAUGUGAUCUUCUACUCAUGGGUACCGUGAAGAGAUCCUGGCGUUCCAAGUGGAGAGUUUCCCCUAAAGAAUAUCCUGGCAAAUACUAUCCUGCGUAUUGUGCCGGAUGGGCUAUACUCUACUCUCCCGAUAGCGUAUUUCUUUUGUAUCGUGAGGCACAGAAAGAGCCAUAUUUCUGGAUCGACGAUGUUCAUAUUACCGGGACGUUAGCUAGGAAAGUAAAUUUAACACAAACCUCUCUGCAUUACUUGGUGCUAACUAACGAGAAUAUGCAGGACCUUCUAUCAAAUCCAAAUUCUCGUAGGGAGUUUCUGUUCGGACCUCCAAACCUCACUGAAAACAAGAUAAGAGCCUUACAGAGUUUAGUCACUAAACCACGGCCUAGCAGCGAAAGCCUAGUAAACUGAAACAUUUCGAAUGAGCGAAAGACAUUUAUGCAUCUGUGAUCAUUUUUAUUCUCAAGAUAAUUUUUUAAACGAAAAAGCCUCGUCGCGAUUUUAAAUUCUUUCUUUUGCCUAUCCCCAGUAACUUUUAGAUACAAACAAAGGUUAAAAAUUAAUUCUCAAACGAAAUAUUUCGAUAAUUAAAUUUUAUUAACAAUAAGGCAGAUGCAUAAAUCCUUUUCUUAUUUAAUACGACAAAAAAAUUCCCUGGUACUUGAUAUUUUGCACACUUUUCAUGCAUUUCAAUUCUCUACCGAUAUAAUUCUCUUCGUGAGUGUUCAAUUUUUUGCACAGUAUUUUUACAGUAUUAUACUUCGUUGCAAGGGAAAUUUUUUCUAAAUAUCGAAUCGCAUAUUUCGGAAUAAUAUAAUAUUUUUUUAUCGUGGUUGGCUUUUCUAUAAUGAUAGUAUAAAAGUAAUAUUAUAAUUUCUUUCGUAAUUUUAUAUCUGUGUGACGGCCAUCUUACGGCUAUAUUACGUAAUCAAUGUUUCAAUGAAAUUCUUAAAAGCGUGUCUGAUUUGAUGAAGCGCAUCACAAUCAACGCACAAUGAUUUGUAUAUUCCUUGUUUGGUGAUGUAUAUCCGACUACUUUACUUAUUAUUGAAUAAUCUGUUUUGAAAAAUUCAUCGUAAAAAUGAUCAAGCGAUGCAUAUCAUAUUAACAUCGCAUAGUGAAAUUUUCCUUUUUGUGAAUCAAUUGAUGCAAAAACAAAUGUAUUAUAAUCCCAAGAUUAUAGGGCCAGAAAACGAUCGAGAAAUAAAAACAAAUUUAUAGAUAUUCAAU